GCAGCAUAAAGGGUAGCGUAAACCCUAGUGUGCCGAAAUAUAUACCAACCCAAAUUUGAGUCGAACCGAACCAGAAUUCUAUCUUGCUCAAUUCGCAGGCGCUUCCAUGGGAAGCCCUAUUCCCAUUCGAUGGUUCGAGGGCGGACCUUCUCCUCGCCGCUCGAUGCCAAAUGAAUGGCCGGAUCGUAUGCUUUCCUAGAUUAUGGGAGCUUUCCUGCGAGAUGAACUCGUAUCCCAACUCCCAGUAUUUAGAUUUCAGCGACACGGAUGAGAGCUAUGAAUUCUUCCGUGAAGACGCUCGAAAGAUUGCCUCUUUUCCCCUUCCCGGCCGUCGAGCGGAUCACUCGCAGGUGUGCUGAGAUAAGCAGCUUCGGUUUGGUGUCUCAGAAGAAGAGUAGUUUAGCUGGUGCAAUCUGGAGUAGGAUGUCGCAAAGCCUGGACUCUGUGCAACGCUCUGAAGGCAAGGCGGGAGCUGUUCUUCCUGCAACAGAUGCUCACGUUGAAGAAGCAAUUGAGGCAAUCAAAGCUGAGCAAGUUAUUGCAGUGCCCACGGAUACUCUUUAUGGAUUCGCAUGUGAUGCUUGCUCUUCAGAAGCAGUCAAUAGAAUAUAUGAGAUCAAAGGACGUAAGCAGACAAGUCCUCUAGCAAUUUCUGUUGGUGAUGUAUCCGAUAUAUCCCGCUUUGCCAUUGUCGACCACCUACCUCAUGAUUUGCUCUAUAGCCUCCUUCCUGGACCUGUCACUCUUGUUCUUAAGCGAGGUGAUUCUAGCAUUUUGGAGAAGUCUCUAAAUCCCGGUUUAGACAGUAUCGGUGUUCGUGUGCCAGACUUCGAGUUUAUCAGAAGCAUUGCUCGUGGUUCCGGAAGUGCUCUAGCUCUCACAAGUGCCAAUCUUAGCGGACAACCCAGCAGUGUUAGCAUCAAAGAUUUCGAAAACCUUUGGCAACAUUGUGCCUACGUUUAUGAUGGUGGAGUUCUUCCUUCUGGCCGUGCCGGUUCAACAGUCGUUGAUCUUACAAACCCAGGAUCAUUCAAGAUUCUGAGACCUGGAAGUGCGAGACCAGAAACAACUGCAAUUCUUGAGAAAUUUGGAUUAGAAGAAGCUCCUUGAUGAUGAGAUUAUGGUGACAAUGAAGGGUUCCUCCAGCAGCUUAUUGUAACUCUUCAGCGUGUAUUUUGUGUGGGAGAGAAGCAGCUCUAAAUUUGUAUUUUAACCCUUUUGAAGUAGUGUAUUUUACAGAUUAAACCAUUAAGAAACUGCUUUAUGUAUUUGCUUUGUAGUUUUUGUUCUAUUCUAUUUUAUUUCCUUUAA